CAGGCUUGGUUUCGCUGUGGACUCCUGAGCUAGCUCUGGUUGCGUUCAGCUCGCUGGUGCAGGUGCUCUAUCUGUGAAGAGGGGAUGCGAAUGGAGAGAAGAGGAUGGGAAGACUGAAGGCAAGCACAGAAGAACAAGUGAACAGGGCAUGAGAAAAAAAAAGGCUGUCAUCUGGGGAUUGCGCGUUCACUGUCCUGGGGUCAAGGCGAUGCAAGGUUUACUGAAAGAAAUGCACAUUGAGAUAUGAUGUGGUUUCCUUGCGGCUGGCAGUAGUACUAUGAUUUGGUAUGUGGCUACUUUGAUAGCAAGUGUAAUCAGGACCCAAGGAACGGCGGCUCAAGGUGCCCACGCAGUCCGGGAGGAGCCCCAGUUUGUGACGGCCCUUGCUGGAGACAGCGUCAUACUGGGAUGCGACGUGGUCCAGCCAUUGACUGGCCAGCAUCCUCCCUAUGUGGUGGAGUGGUUCAAAUUCGGAGUCCCCAUCCCCAUCUUUAUCAAGUUCGGAUUCUAUCUUCCUCAUGUGGACCCCGAGUAUGCCGGUCGGGCCAGUCUGCAUGACAAGGCUUCUCUGCGAAUCGAGCAGGUGCGUUCGGAGGACCAGGGCUGGUAUGAGUGUAAAGUCCUGUUGUUGCUGGACCAGCAGUACGACACCUUUCACAACGGCAGCUGGGUGCACCUCACGGUGAAUGCCCCUCCCACCUUCACGGAGACUCCCCCCCAGUAUGUGGAGGUGAAGGAGGGGGGAAGCAUCACCCUGACCUGCACCGCGUUUGGGAACCCUAACCCCAUCGUCAGCUGGCUGCGUGAAGGACAGCUCCUGGGGGGCGACGCCAAAUACAAGGUGAGUGACGGGAGUCUCACAGUCCUGUCAAUCAGCCGGGAGGACAGAGGGGCCUACACCUGCCGAGCCUACAGCGUCCAGGGAGAGGCUGUGCACACAACACGCCUGCUGGUGCAAGGACCACCAUUUAUCGUGUCGCCUCCUGAGAACAUAACCGUAAACAUAUCCCAGGAUGCACUGUUCACCUGUCAAGCAGAGGCGUAUCCCGGCAACCUGACCUACACCUGGUUCUGGGAGGAAGAUAACGUCUUCUUUAAGAAUGACCUAAAGCUCAGAGUGCGGAUCCUGAUUGACGGGACCCUCAUCAUCUUCCGGGUGAAGCCAGAGGAUGCUGGGAAAUACACCUGCAUUCCUAGCAACAGUCUGGGACACUCGCCCUCCGCAUCUGCACACCUGACAAUAGAGUAUCCUGCCCGGGUUGUGAAUAUGCCACCCAUCAUCUACGUCCCCAUCGCAAUGCCUGGAUUCAUCCGCUGCCCAGCAGACGCCAACCCACCAGUGACAUCGGUCAAGUGGAACAAAGACGGGCGUCCGCUGAGAAUCGAGAAGUACCGUGGCUGGAGCCAGCUGGAAGAUGGGACGAUCCGAGUGGAGGAGGUGACUGAAGAUUCUCUCGGCACUUACACCUGUGUGCCUUACAACACCCUGGGUACUAUGGGACAGUCCCCCCCUGCCCGCCUGGUGCUAAAGGAUCCCCCUUACUUCACGGUGCUACCGGGCUGGGAAUACAGGCAGGAGUCUGGGAGAGAGCUGGUGAUCCCCUGUGCUUCUGCCGGAGAUCCAUUUCCAGCUAUCGCUUGGAGGAAGGUAGGGAAGCCCAGCAGAAGCAAGCACAAUGUCCUUCCGAGUGGCAGCUUACAGUUCAAAUCCCUCAGCAAAGAGGAUCAUGGGGAAUGGGAGUGUGUCGCCACCAACGUCGUCACAAGCAUCACUGCCAGCACUCAUCUUCUAGUAAUCGGCACAAGCCCUCACGCCCCAGCCCAUGUGCGUGUGUCGGCCUCGACUAGCUCUGCCAACGUGUCCUGGGACCCCGGCUACGACGGCGGAUUCGAGCAGACAUUCUCAGUCUGGUACGGCCCUGUGGUGAAGAGGGCUCAGUUCGGGCCCCAUGACUGGCUCUCCCUCCCCGUGCCUGGCAGUAUGAGCUGGCUGCUGGUGGAGGGUCUGGAACCGGAGACGGCGUACCAGUUCAGUGUUCUAGCUCAAAAUAAACUGGGCACAGGGCCCUUCAGCGAGGUCGUCACUGUGAACACACGAGUAUUCCCUAUUGUUACCCCUGAACCCCUGGUGCUGCUUUCACCACCAAGGUGCCUAACAGCCAAUCGGACGCAGCAAGGAGUCCUGUUGUCAUGGCUCCCUCCGGCCAAUCACAGCUCUCCGAUCGCGCGUUUCAUCAUGGAGUUCCGCCUAGGAGAGAGGUGGGACAUCCUGGAUGACUCCAUCCCAGCAGGAGAGACAGAACUGUUAGCGAGAGACCUAGUCCAGGAUUCCUGGUACGAGUUUCGGGUGCUGGCUGUGAUGGAUGACCUCAUUAGUGAACCCAGUAACAUUGUUGCAGUUUCCAGCACAGAUCUCUUCCCUCCACUGGAGGUGCCAGAGGAAGGGCUGGCGAGACCCGUGGUGGCUGGGAUUGUUGCCACCAUCUGUUUCUUGGCCUCAGCGAUCCUGUUCAGCACCCUAGCGGCCUGCUUCGUCAACAAGCAGCGCAGACGCAAACUCAAGAGGAAGCGAGACCCUCCCCUUUCAAUAACUCACUGCAGAAAAAGCGUGGAAACUCCGACUCCUCUUACCCCACUGCCCGGUAGUGAGCCCUGCUGGGAGGGGAGGGACAGGAACAGCUACAGGUUUCCCCACAGCAGUCCUCUAUCCUCCUCGGGGAAAGUGAGCCCGGAGAGCAUCAGAACACUGCGCGCUCUGUCCGAAUCCUCGGAGGACGGCCAGACACUGCAGGGGAAGAAGAUGCUGAGUCCUGGCAAGGAGAAGGAGCUGUCCCUCUACAAGAAGACCAAGCGAGCAAUAACCAGCAAGAAAUACAGCGUCUCCAAACAUGAGGCUGAGGCCGAGGCCACCACGCCUAUCGAGCUCAUCAGCCGGGGCCCGGAUGGACGCUUCGUGAUGGAUCCUACCGAGAUGGAGCCGUCGAUCAAGCAGAGGAGGAUCGAAGGAUUCCCCUUUGUGGAGGAGUCGGAUCUGUACCCCGAGUUCCGACAGUCGGAUGAGGAAAAUGAUGACCCGGGACUGAUGCCGCCAGCAGUGGCUGCUCUCAAAUCCCAGCUUUCGCCACUCUCCUCCAGCCAGGAGUCUUAUCUCCAACCCCCAGCUUACAGCCCCAGGUUUCAGAGGCCCAUGGGAGGCAUGGGCAUGGUGGAAAGCAGCAGGCUACAGGCGACGGGCCAGAUCAGGGCCCCUCAUCAUCGGGGCUUCCCACACGGCCAGUUCUACAGCUACCUAGGCAGUCCUGACCCUCCCCCACCCUUCUACAUGCCGGAUGUCAGCCCCCUGAGCUCAGUCAUGUCCUCCCCGCCUCUAAUGCCUGAGGGACCCUUUGGACAUCCCACUAUCAUCGAGGAGACUGGGGAAGGUGAGAUGCCACACUACACUGCCUCCAGCAGCACCCUGCCCCUGACCCACACCCCCACCUCCGGACGAUCCCCUGAGCUUUGGCGACGUCCUGAUUUCCCCCUCAGGAGUCUUGAGGGACCCUCCCUGGUGUUCCCCCCACACCAUCCUGUUCACCUCCACCACUACGCCCAUCGGGAGCUCCCUGAGCCUCCACUACCACCCCCCCAUCCUAGAGGCACCCUCCCGGUGAUUCCUUCCUACCCUGGCGUUCUGCAGCUGGAGGCGCCAAAGAGCCAGCCCGGCAAGUCUCCAAGCAAGGUCAAGUCCACAGCCUCGAGUGGCACCACAGCCAAGCAUCUACCUAUGCAACAGGCACAGAGUCAAGGGCAGCUAAGACAUACCAGCAACGGUAUGGGCGUACCGGUAUUGCCUUACCCCGAUCCGGCAGCCCACAUGUGGGGCCCAGGCAGCACAAGCACAUUCGGUGGGCUGGACACCCGGUGGUACGAGCCCAGGCCCCAGCUCAGCCCCAGGCAGGGGCGCAGAGUCGAUCCAAGCCUGCACCAAGUGGUCCUCCAACCAUCCCGCCUCUCGCCCCUCACCCAGAGCCCCAUUAGCUCUCAUGAGGGCUCCCCAGAGCUGGUGGUCCGCCCUCGGCCCCGGCCUGGCCUCAUCCAGCCCUCCAUUCCUCCGGAGAUGUCUGAGAUCACCUUGCAGCCCCCCUCUGGCGCCCGCUUCCCCAGAACAUCAUCACCCACCUCCUCGCCAGCCCAGGGCAGCAGGCGGCCCAGCCCCAGCUACCGGCCCCAGAUCGCCUUCGCCACCACAGCCACCAGCUACCCCUCCCAGUCUCCCUCUCCCCCCAUGGAAAGCAGUGACAUUUUCGGGCAGAUGUUGUCCCAGAGGAGGACGGAAGAAGAGAUCCUUCCUUCAGAGCCCUCGCCACCUCAGUUGUCGUCUUCAGGGAAACGGUUCGUUGCAUCGAGUGGUGCUGCUGCUGCGUCUGAGAGAUUUGAAGCGCUGAGAUACCAACGGAUUAAAAAACCCAAAAGGGUCCCCAACGGCACGCCGAAAUCCAGGAAGAAAACAACUGGGCCCUCCUCUCAGACACAGCAGCCCCAUGCCUCUCAGGUACUGCAACUCGAAGAAGCUCUCUACCUCCGCAAGAAGAGGCAGUCCCGACAGGACCCCUACGCCCGCUUCUCCGCCCUCCUCUACCGCCGACGGCCAGAGGACCAGAAGGCCAUUCUGGCCAGCAUGGACACAGCUGACCCCAACCACGCCACACUCCUCUGAAUCAGUCAGCAGCACGGACACAGCGGCACACCACCACGCCACCCUCAUCUCAGUCAGUCAGUCAGUCAGUCCUAAUAACUCAUCUGCCAGCCUCUGGUAAAGGCGUUGAUUAUUAUUUUUAUUAGAUUUUGAGUUACAGAAGUAUGUUUUAAAAGAUGACACGGGGGCAGAUUUUUUUUACCAAAUUCCAGUGCAGUUUAUUUUUGUUUGUUUUAUCAAAAUAGUUAAAUUGAUGUUUUUAUGACUAGUUUUGAAGCAGUUCAAUGCUGCACACUUUACACUGGAGCAGAGGCUUAGUAAAUCUAGCCUGUGGGGGUUCUAUUGGUAAAGCAUUAGCAUAAUAAUCAGGACAUUGCUGUCCUAUGUGCUAAUGUUUUGUGAAUACAGACUCUGGCAUCCUGUUUUAAAAAAGUACUAUAGUUCUGCCAAAAAACAAACAACAGCUUCCUUAAUAAAACACACUGUACUGUAUAAGGACUAUGGGAUUUUGUGCCAUAGUAUACUGUAGUAUUUUUAAAUAUGGGAGGGCUCUCUUUUAAAUCUAGCGGUGCAGGACCCUCAGAUACGGCAGUAUGAUGGGCUUAUGCUGGCACAACUUGAAUUAAAAAAGAGCUCAGAGUUGUUACUCUUCAAUUCUUCACUCAUCUUCCCUGCUACUUUAUUUAGAUAGCAGAAUCGGUAGCUGGCAUUGGUCGCUUUGUAACCCCUUCGCCCUGUACAUUAGCGGUGCUUCUAUUUUGCCUGAUGACCCAGAUGGUCCAAAAGUCAAUUUGCUGCUACAAUUGUCCGCAGCUAAAGGGGUCUGUUUUAAUGAUCUGCGCAGAACCCCCUGUUUAAUAUGUGCACACAUGAUUUAGCAAUGACCUCGUUACACUGAAUUUCUGGUGUGUGUUUUCAGAGUCGGAAUCAACUCCUGUUUUUUGUUGUUUUUUUUUUUGAAAUUCCAAAUUCCGUUUCGGUUUUUAAAAUCAAUUCCGAAUUCCAAAUCCAAUUCCAAAUUCCUUCAGAAGAAGUGGAAUUGGAUUUUUUUUUUUUUUAAAGGAAUUGGAAAUGGAAUUGGAAUUAAAAAAAACAAGGAAUUGACCCCCGACCCUGACUAUCCAGGAGUCUCUAUACAGGCAACAGGGAUACAACUGCCUGCCAGUGGCCGUUAUCAUUUUGAUUUUGUUUUUCUCAACAUGCAAGGUGCUGUAUAGGAAUUACUUUCUAUCUACAUAUCCAUAUGUAAAAUACUAUAGUAUUCUGUUCUACUGCCAAAAUGACUAGUUCAACCAAUGCAUGUGCUUUGAUUUAUUGUAAAGGCGGCUAUUUUAGCUUGAAAACAAAAUAACAAUAAUUGAAUACUUACUGUAUGCUUCAUUUUUUUAUUUACUAUUCUCUGAAGUUUUUUUUCGCAUCAGUGACUUUAUAAAUCGAUACAUUUAGUAUUGCAGUUUUGUUUUGGAGGGUCACAUCUAGAUUUAAUAAUAAUAAUAAUAACACCGUGUAACAAAUUUUUUUUUUUUUUUGGUUCCUGGGUAGUAAGUG